AUGCCCAUCCAACUCAAGGUGUCGGGCGACCCUCGCCGCCCCGCCGAGAUACGAAAGUACCAGCGGCCCAAGGUCAACCUGGAUGAGCAGCCGCCCGACAUGUUUCUGCUAAUGGCGCUGGCGCUUGGCCUCGUGUCGCUGGUGUUCAAGGCCAAGAUGCCGGCCUGGGGCUCGCUGCUGCUGUGCCUGUGCGCUGUGGCCAACGGCAAGGCGGGACACUCCGACUUCAAGCAGUACGUGUCCAGCCUCACCUUCUCCAUCUUCGGCCUCGUCUCAUCCUACAUCGUGCCCAUGCGCCAGCGGCUGGCGGCAGCAGGUGGCAGCGACGGCGGCGCCUCAUAG